GUUGCGUCUUCGCGUACGCGCCGCUGGCGGAGCAGUUGCACGCGUUCGCUAAGCGAGCGAGGAGCCAGGGGAGGAAGGAGAGUCCUCCACGCUUGGUGUUACAACAAACCGGGCCAGGCGGCGGCGAUACUCGGCAAGGACGACAGCCAGGUCCUGGCUCAACCGGCCUUUCCGGCCUUUUCCGGCGGACUCAGUGUAACGCGACCCUCACCGUCCAUACGUUGCCUAUUUCGCCUCCUCUCUUUUAUACCGGCACCCCAACCAACCUGCCCCGGCCCGGUGGGUCGCAAGUCGUCCGGCGUGGUUCCGCGUCGAAGGAGGAGGCCCCUGUCCUCCUUCAGGGACCAGUAUGUAUCGGACGCUCCAUCGAAGAUGACGACCUCAGUGUUCGGCAAACCGUUCCCGAGGUGAUCCGACGACGACCGUUCGCAUCCAGCAUCGCGCGAAGCCGUGAUGUCGAAUCCGGUGUUAAGCGUUUCGUCCUGGACAGUUUGACUCGUUGUAACUCUUCUACCUUUGGCGGCAUGUGGAAGUUUAAUCGACCUACUGACGGUGAAUGGCGCGCCGCUUGCGCUGCCGUAUCGACAUUUCGUAGCUCUGGUUGACCUCUGAAGUGUCUGUGUGCGUCUGUGCCAUCUUGACAAACUCAGACGUUGUGUGGACCGUCAGCAGCGGUGUGUGGAGAAAUAAUAGGCCUGCUAAUGGGGUGGUUGUUUCGUCGGCGGCGUUACCGUGUACUAUAUGUGCCAUGUACUGCUGCAACGCUGUAACUGACUUCUGAGUGUACAACGAUCCGUCCGUGUGUACCACCUGUGUGGAAAGUCCACGUCCUGCCGGUUGGGAACUUCGUGUUGUACGCAUGGCGACUCCUCGGAGUCUUCGCUAUUCGUCAAAGGAAUGAAGUGGCAAUGUGUGCUGUCGUUCAGAAUUCGCAAGAAAUCGUACCUUACCGGCCCAGACGUAACAGCCUUCUGUUACAACACUAAAGAAAGAUAGCACCGGCGCCCCAAGAGGCAGUGCUCAGCCAUGUCCUGACUCCGGGACGUCGGAGUCGAACCCGGUGCCUUCUUGCUGGGCUUCAUCGUAGGCCAUGGUUUGCCACAAGAGGCUGCUGCUGCUUCUCUCGCUGGGAGCGGCUCUGUUCCUCGUCGUAGUUCAGCUGGCUCCAGACCUGGGCUUGCCAGCUGUCCGGGCACCGCCUGUGUCCUCCGUGAACUCCCUGCUCGCCAAAGUCAGCACUAGCGACACACUGCGAGAACACAAUGAUGUCGAAGGGACGUUGUCUCCAGUGAGAAAAGCAAUGGAACAAAAUAAUGCCGCCUUCCUCCAAGCAUCGAUCGCAAAAAUUUCGACGACGAAGAAGGCUCUUUCGAGAAUCACGCCUGCCGGUGUCCUCAGACCAGGAGUCGUAACCUCCACGUCCAUCUCCGUGGUGCGGGCGCCCGUCGCGUUUCGUCAUUUCGUCAUCCACCAGAAGGCCUCCGUCACUAGGCCUGCCAUGAACCGCUUCAAGCCGCUUCGGCUGUCUGGAAUGCUGAAGGUGUUCAACAGAAACCUGGAUCAUUACCCGGUCGUACCGACAGACAAGGUCCACAGGGUCCUCGUCGUCACUUACUUCCGGGCAGGUUCCACGUUCGUCGGCGACCUGCUGUCCGCAACGCCGGCCACCUUUUACCACUUCGAGCCUCUGCACAUGUUCAGCAACGAUGCCAGGCUCAACGGAAGUGCAGCCAGCAACGCUUCCGGCUUGAUCGGGCACCUGCUUCGCUGCGACUUCCAACGCGUGCAGCACUACGUCCGCUGGGCUUACGAGAGGAAGUUCCUCUUCAAGCGCAACCACUUCCUCUGGGCCCUGUGCGCAGGCCAGUAUCCGGUCUGCUUCAAGCCAGAUUUCGUGUCCAAGGUGUGCGCGCGUGCGCCCGCGCAAGUUAUGAAGGUCACGCGGCUGCACAUGUCUCAGGUUCGAGACUGGUUGCAGAGUAACCCGGACCUAGCCAAGACUAUGAAGGUUCUACACCUGGUGCGUGACCCGCGGGGCAUUCUGGCUUCGAGGAGACUCUUGGAGUGGUGCAACGAGUCCAAGAGCUGCGCCCACCAGGACACUCUGUGCUCGGAGCUUCGCGCCGACCUCGACACGUUCGAGGACCUGCAGAGGAUGUUUCCGAACAGCACGUACAGAGUUCGAUACGAGGACGUGUCUCUGGAUCCCAAGAAAGAAGCGCUGAAAAUGUUCGAAGCUCUCGGACUCAACUACACAGUGUACGUGUCCAAUUUCCUGAAAACGCACACCAAGGCGCGAAAGGCGGACGCCCUGGACCCGUAUUCAACGAAAAGGAAUUCGUCUACCGUCGCGUUUCAGUGGAGGACUAAGCUUAAGUUCGAGGACAUCGCGGAGAUUCAGCGAUCCUGCUCAGACGUGCUCCUUCGGUUAGGUUACAAAACCAUCAUUGAUGAAAAUGACUUGUUGGACGAAGUGCCCAUAGCUCCUGUGCCGCACUUGAUAGCAGCUGGUGUCCGUACGACGUUGAGGGUGUCCGCAGGCACUGGAAGCUAGAAACUUGUGAACGCGUAUUCCUUGUCGCGUCAGGUGUUCUAGGCUUCCUUACUACAGGUACGGCAAGAAAUGAUUUUCUGUGGCCCGUGUCUUGCUAAAAGGGACGAUAGUGUGAUUAUAGGCGAAUGGGAGCAAGACAAAACUUCAUGGGAAGGCGGAGGUAUGAAGUGACGAAAAAUUAUCGAACUGCAAAUGUCGCUGGAGCUGGCGUUUUCACAACGGACUUCUCAUCGUCAAGGCAGGAACUCAUAAGUCUGACAUCUAUGUCGUUGCCAGCCGAAAGACAUUGUGAAUAAUGACAUUGCACUCUGUGAGUGCACUGUGCUUGACAGUCAGAAUGAACUGCCAAAGAGAUCACUGUAUAUGACAUGAAAAAGCGAGCACUUUGUAGGGCGAGUGUGAACCACACUUAGAGGACACGAGUGUGAAGUUGGGCGUGUUGGUAAUGCAUAACUGAUCACGUAGCGCAAAAUUUGACACUUGACAAGAGAAGGGACGAAGACGAGCGCUUAUUUCCAACAAGGUUUAUUUUGGGGGAGCGCACACAUAUAUACUCUCGAAAUGCGAAAAACAAACAAAUCAUUCAAGAAGCCCACAUCUGCGAUGCGCGAAAAUUUUACAUUAACAGGAAACAGAAUUCUAUUUGACAAAGCCCAAGAGAGGGACUGCUGACGCAGUUCAGACCAAAUCUACAAAUCCUCUGUGCCUCGAUAAUUUUCCUUGUCGUUUUAUUUCUGUUUUUUCUAACGAUAACGGCGUCAUGCAAAAGCGGUUUGCAGCCACACGUGCUGCAGUGCAAUGCCAAGAAACCAUCGCGACAUUCUCGACGUUACAAGCCUGUUCCCGGAGCCGGUCAAUAAUACAGCGGCCAGUUUGUCCUAUGUACUGCUUGCCGCAUGAAAGAGGUAUCUGAGUGAUUGCAUUUGCUGUACACGUGACCAACGGAAUUUUUGCCGUUUUCAGCAACCUCGUUUUGCAUUCGAAACAUCUUUAGCGCACAAGUACGACAGCUUUUUCGGGGCAGAAAAAGCCACCUUCACAUUGGCCUGCUCCCCAACCUUUUUCAAGUUGUGGGAGACUCCAUGUAAAUACGGGACUACAGCAAGCCUCUGAGGCCUUACUGGCUCAACAUGUGGGAGGGCAUCUGGAAGUAAGCGCUCGUCUUCGUCCCUUCUCUUGUCCAGUGUCAACUUUUGCGCUACGUGAUCAGUUAUUCAAAGGAGACGCCUAGAAAUUCUGUUGCGUGUGUGUUGCAAGUUCGUGUUCAUAAUUUGUUCGACAGCGCGGUAACGCGUGCUAUUGUUGCCAUGAGUGCACCUACGUCAGCGUUGAUGUGCGUGUUUGAAGCUCGACAUCUGUUUUAGCUGCCUCACGUUUAUGUUUGAUGUUGUGACUGUCGAUUACAUUGUAUAAACAUUGCAGACGAUCAUUUUCAGGAUUAUAGCUUGUAAGCCUACUGGCAGUUUGAUCAUGUACACUUUGUAUCCUUCGAGUAAACGCCAAGGUAAAUGUUUGAGUCAUUUUAUUAGCUGCGCAGACAAAGAGGAAUGGCCCUCGCAAUCAUACUUAGGCAUUUGGUUAAUGAGAUAGAAAAGUGUUGGAUGUUCGCAGCUCUGUUUUCCUGUCGUAGUUCCAAAUAUUCAUAAGUCUUAAAGGGGUACUGACACCUGUUUUCGAAGGCAAGUUUACUCUGCCAUACAGAUCUCCUGUAUACAGAGACGACUCUGAGCAAGUGUGAAGCUCAGCAAAUGCUGAUAAGAUAUUUUAUUUUGAUAUUAAAGUCAAUUUUUUCAUGGCGAACCCACCGACAUCGACACUAGCUUGACGUCAGGCUACAGUACUAAUUCUGGUGACUUCACGCAGCAGUCUGGCUAGUUCUGAUGACGUCAGGUACCAAAACUUUCAAGAUGGCCGCUUGUACGUCACCAACGGAGCCACGGUACGGAGCGUCCGUGGAAACGUCAUUAUGUAUUGCGCGAGCACGUGACGAGAAACUCAUACCGUGUUGUGACGUCAGGGUACAGUAGGAACCGAAACUAGCUUUUUAAAACUCACUGUAAUUACUUUUUCAGGGUGCACUCGCGCUCAGCACGAUCUUUUCUAGGCUCUUGAGGGCUUCGGCUUUCAUUUGACGCAAAAAAUUGACAACUGAAAAUGUUCGUGUCAGUACCCCUUUAAGCGGAUAUAUUCAUUGGAAAAAAACUGAAGAACCUGUUGUAAAAAAUACGGAGAUGUAAGAUCUGGCCGUUUGCCAAAAAAACGUUCAAGCUUUUCUGGCUAUCGAAAUGAAGUUGCACCUGACGUUCUCAAUGUUUAACAGUAAAUCUGAGCAGAAUACUGCUUAUUGUUAAAACGAGUGUUAUGUGACUCGUCUACUGCUGAUUCUGCGUGAGCCUAUGAUAUAUAUUAUGAUGUUACGCUUACGUAUAACUCAACAUGAUAACUUCAUAUCCUGGAAGGCUUUUUUUUUGACAGCUCGCUUCAGUCGCGACCACAUUUUGCAAGCUUGCGUUUUCAAUAUUGGAACAUCCCUUCACCUAACCUCUGUGCGCUGUGCCUGUUUUUACGUUUGUGAAAAUUUGAUUCUAACCGCGUUGACGUGCACAUAUGUAACACACUGUAUCUUUAAUGCUCUGUUUUCUCUUCGCAGUGUUAACAAUUCCAGCACAUUUGCACCACAGUUAAAUUAAUAUACCAGAGGAAUAAGCACCCAUUACAAUGAAAUUACAUUGACUGCCGCUAAGAGCUACGGCAAUAAAAAAUAUGGAAUAACUGUUUAAUUUCAUUGGUUUGAAGAUAAGGCUUAUUACUAGAACAAAACAAGUACGUUAUCCUCAUAAUCAACAAGUGCUUUAGUGUGAACAGGUAGCGGCUUGAAAAACAACAAUAAGCAAGUCCACUUAUUGCACGCGGCAACAUAUCUCAGCCUAACUGCUGUGGUCCUAUAACUUUUGUCAGCAGUUGUACUUCAACAGGUACACUUUGAACACAUUUAGGCAUUCUAUUUCACGAGGAGGAGAAAAGAUGGUAUACGAAUAGAACUUGGCGUAGGCAGCUUUCGACUUGCGAAGAGGUCGCGUAGUUCGGGCGACAGGAGGUACCCGUACAUAUGAGCAGCGUGUGUAUUUCUUCAGGUACUGACGUCGUAAUGCUUAAGAAGUUAACCAGUAAAGCGAAAAUGGUCAAAAGUACUCUCUUGAGAAGGAGCAAGAAUAGAGAGGAAGAAAGCUUCUAGGUAUCUCGUGAAACUGAAGUGUAGUGAAGGCCCCUGAGUGUGAGGUAAUUUAGAGUGCAUUGCAUGACAAGAAUGGAACAGGGAUGUAUGCAGAACGU